CUGGAUACCACUGCGGAGAAAAGUUGCAGGUUUGUCAAGAUGACAGACAACAUUAAGGUUGUGGUUCGUGUUAGGCCGCUGAUUCAAAGAGAAAGUGGGAGUAAAACACACUGGGUGGCCAACAACAACUACAUUGCAGUAAAAGACAAAGAAAAUGACCCCAAAGAUUGCUAUUACUUUGAUAAUGUGUUUGACCAAGUUGAGACAACCCAGGAUAUCUAUGACACUGUGGCAAAACCUGUUGUCUUGGGAGCAACUGCUGGAUUCAAUGGAACUAUGUUUGCCUAUGGUCAAACUGCUAGUGGGAAGACAUUCACUAUGAGUGGCUCUAUGUUCCAACCUGGAAUCAUUCGUCUAGCCCUGGAAGAUAUCUUUGACACAGUUCAAUCUGAACCAAAUCGAGAAUAUCUGAUUCGUAUGAGCUUCAUGGAGAUUUACAAUGAGAGGAUCUCAGAUCUGUUAGAAUCUGAUGGAUCAGAUGCUAAUGUUAACAUCCAAGUCCUACAAGAUGAGGAGGGUGGAAUUCACAUAGCAGGGUUAACAGAGAACAUCAUCAAGUCCACAGACCAGGCACUCUCUUACAUAUCUUCAGGGGAGAAAAGACGUCAUUAUGGCGUGACCAACAUGAAUGAAAGGAGCUCAAGGUCACAUACAAUAUUCCAGGUCAUUAUAGAAAGCAAGCUGAGGGAGCAAAUGGGAGAAGAAGAAGCUGUAACAGUUGCCCAGCUGAAUCUUGUUGAUUUAGCUGGUUCAGAGAAUGCAAGAGAUACAGGUGCCACAGGGGAGAGGUUAAGAGAGGGUGGUCAGAUCAACAAGUCUCUACUCAUGUUGGGAGAUGUUAUUAGGAAACUCACAGAAGGAGAGAAACAUAUUCCAUACAGAAGCUCCAAGUUGACUCGGAUCUUACAGAAUGCACUUGGGGGAAACUCUAGAACUGCUAUCAUCUGUAAUGUAACCCCCGCAGCUCUUGAUGAAACCAAGUCAACUUUAAGGUUUGCCUCAAAUGCCAAGAAGAUCAAGACAGCUGCAAAGAAGAACGAGGUUAUGAAUGACCAAGCUCUGCUGAAGAGGUACAAAGAGGAGAUUGAAGCACUCAAGAAACAUCUAGAACAGGAUGGAAUUACUGAAAUAAAGUCAGAAAACAAUGAGUUGAGAAGCCAGCUGUUAAAACAAAGUGAAAGAAUGGAAGAAUUGAAGAAUGCGUUCGUGAACAAUCUCAACCCUGAAAAAGAAGACUCAAAACCAAAGAAAAAAGAUCGCAGACAAACAUGGUGCCCUGGACGUUCAGGACGUGUAAGUCUAGCACCAGUUGUGCCACUAUCGCCCUCUACAACUCAGAAUAUUCUCUCAAGCACUGCAAUGGCCUCUCCUCCAUCGAGCCCUCCUCUUCAAUGGCAAAAUAAGGGCAGGUCAUUAGAUACAAGGACCAAACGUUGGUCUAAUGGAGAUGCAAUUAUAGAAGAAGAAUGGGAUGAUGGAAACUUCUUGGAUGAACUCCUAGGUGACAAGAAUAAAGAAUGUGAGAAGUGUGCAAAGCUACAGGCAGAGCUAGAUGCUGAAGCUAAAAAUGCACAAAACAUUGCAGACUUUGACGAACUAAUUUUUGAAAGACAGCAAACAUUGGCAGAGCUUGAUGAGAAAAUAAUCAUGAGAGAGACUCAGCUAGCUGAGGAUUCUGGGAAAAAUGAUGAUGUUGCAGAUUCCACGAAAAAUGACGAAGUGAUUGUUCAAUUGAAGGAGAUGUUAAAACUAUCAGGUGAUGAAGUUGACAGCCUACAACAUCAGAUACUUGAGCUACAAAGCCUCUAUGAGACUGCAAAAUGUGAACUCAAGCAGAAAGAAUCUGACUUUAAAGAACUUGAAGAAUUCACAAGACUUGAAAAGGAAAUGCUUGAACAAAGUUUUAGCACACAGGAGAAAUUAGAGAUACUGAAGACUGAAGUUUCUGAAUCUGAAGCCAAAUAUCUCGAGUCCAAAGAAGCUUUUGAACGUGAGACAGAGGCCAAGGUGAAAGCUGCCAUUGAGCCAUUUAAGAGCCUUCCCCAGGAGAUUGAGAGCCUCCAGGCUGUGCUUGAUAUGAGAAACCAAGAGAUAAGGGAUUUGAAGGCAAAGCAAUUUGAGGUUGAGAAAAAGAAUGAGUCAAGGGCUGUGGAGCAUGAUGUAACCUUAGAUACUACAGUAGAUACAAGACAUGUUCACUUUCAAGAUACCUCAGCAAUGGAUCUUGCAUCUGAGCUAGCCAUGGCUCAACAGAUGGCGCCAUCAUCUGGUGGCCUUGACCUUGCAUCUGAACUGGCAAUGGCAGAUAACAAGAUGGAGGAUUCCACAAGAGAUGAUUCAGAGGAAAUUAUUCAAAGUUUGAAAGAUGACCUAAAACGCUCGGAGAAAAUUAUCCAAGAUCUCACUGAAAAAUUAAAUGAAAUAACUGAGCAAGUUAAUCUAAAUAAAGAUGAUUUGGAAAAUAACAAACAACAGAUAGUCGAAGGUGAAAACAAAAUUGCAGAAUAUGGACUGAAAAUUGCGGAAUAUGAAUCCAAAUUGGAAGGUCAUGAAACUAUGAAAUUGCAGUUUGAAAAUUUGAACAUUCAACUAAGUGAGGCACAGUUAGAGUUGGAAAUUUUGCAGAGCCAGCAGGUCAAUUCCAAGGAUGACAGUUCUGAUGGAAAACUACAACAAUCAAUAUUGGAUGUUGCUCAUCUAGAAUCCUCCAUCGAAAAGGAGCGCAGAAGAUCUGAGGUCACUUUGCAAGAAAAGGAAAAAGUUGAGAAGCAGUUAGACUUUUCAAAGCAGCAUGUGGAGGAUCUAGAAACCGUUGUUAAAGAGCUCCAGGAGGAAGCUGAGGUGAUGCAGAAGAAGUUGGAUGCAGAAUCUCAAUUGUUGGCUGAUGCCACCCAGCAGCUGAAUGAUGCAUUAAAACAGCUGGAGGAUAAAGAGACUCAACAGAGAGACCAGGAUGUACAGGAUCCUUUCAGUGGUUCGGAUAAACGGAUGUAUAUGAUGGAGAACAGACUCAAGGAAGAGGUGAAAGAACACAAUGUUCUCAGAGAACAAUAUCAGAAACUUGUUCAAGAAAGCAGCCAAUCAAAAUCCAAGAUUUUAUGUGACGAAAACCGUGACCUUGACCAGCAAAAGCGUCUUAAGGAGGUUAAGAAUGCACGGCAGGAAUCUAUAGCUCAAUUUGCCAAGACUAACAAAGAGAACUCUGACCUUAUAGAGCAGUUAAACAAAGAGUUACACGAAGUGAGGUGCCAGCUACAGAAGAGCAAAUCUGAGGAAGAAAUGGCAAGCCACAAGCUGCUCAAAUAUCAAGAUGACAUUAAGAAUCUUCAAAAGGAAGUCCGUACACUUGAAGAUUUGCACCAGGAGCACCAUAACAAUGCACGUAAACAGGAAAUGAACCCAGACAAAAUGGCGCAGAAGAUCAAACAAUUAUCGCUGAAUCUUGACCUCACUAAACAAAAGAUGGAGAAAUUUGAGCUACAAAAUAAAACUCUUCAAGAAAAAAUGAAGAAGUGUGAAAAUGCCCAAUUUGAACGCAACGAUCUCCAACGUCAGCUCCGUGACAUUCAGCACUACUAUGAAAAAGAGAAGGAACAACAUGCGAUUGUGCGACAGAAUUAUGUGACAGUCAAUGGAGAGCUUGCUGAACUUAGGUUGACCAACACACUUGGCAAGGAGAAACUUGCACAGAUGGAAGAAACUAUAGCAUCACAGAAGGCAAAACUCCUAAACAGUGUGACCGAUGAUGAUUUAGAGAAAAGAGACACUGAAAAGAAACAGGAGUUGGAAAUCCAAAUCAAACAGAUGAGGGAGGAAGAAAAAUCAACUUAUGAAAAACUUCUGGAAACGAGGACGAAAUCCCUACAAGAGGAACAUGAUCGUGAAGUCCUACAGAAGUUGAACUCAGAAAGAGAAUCUGUCGAAGCAGAUUUCCAGCAAAAGAUGGCAGCACUUAAAUCUCAAAUUGAAAAGGAGGAAAGAGAGCACUGGGAAACUGUGUUGGAAAAACAUGUCGUUAAAGAACGAGAAUCACUUCAGAUUGAGUGGGAAAAUAAAUUAGACAAUGAAAAGGAUUGUCUCAUGUUGGACUAUGAAGCUAAAAUGAAUGAAAUGAUGAGAAAAAUAGAAACACAGGAGAAUGAACAGAAGCAAAACUGGGAGAAAAUCAUGGAAAAUCGUUUAGCAAAAGAGCGUGAGAUCAUGGAAAAUGAACAAGAAACAAAACUUGAUGCACAGAAGGAAGAUUUAGUGAGUGAAUAUGAAUUAAAGAUUGUUGAGCUAACUGAGAAAAUCCAUUUGGAUGAAAAGCAACAAUGGGAAGCAAUUUUGGAAAAGAAAUUACAAUCUCAAAAAGAUGAACUACAGACAGAAUGGGAAACUAAAUUGGAAACUGAACAAGCUAAUCUUGAGAGACAAUGGGAGCAGAAGUUGAUGGAUGAGAUACAGCGGAUCCAAGAAAGUUCAACGAACAAUGAAAUGUUUAACUUUGAAGUCAAGCUUCAGGAUCAGAAGAUCAAACUCCAGGAUGAAUUCUCAGAAAAACUUUCCGAAGAAAAGGAGAACUUUUUGAGAUCACUUGAUGAAAAGUUGGAAAGUCAACGAGCUCAACUUUCUGAAGAAUUUGCUCAAAAGGAAAACAAUGUCAGAGAAAUGUUGAACACUGAAAAAGAAAAUGAAUUGAGUACAAUAAUUGAAAAAUAUGAACUAGAACUAAGUGAGAAGUCCAGUUUAAAUGAAAUGGUGCUAAACAAGACAGAAGAGAUUGCUAAUUUGGGAGCCAAAUUUGAAGAACUUGAAACUCAAAAGCUUGAAGUUGAAACACAAAAGAUAGAAAUUGAAAUCUUAAAAGAUGAACUUGAACAGCAGAACACUGAGCUCAUUUCCCAAGUAACAGAUCUAAAGGAGCAGAUAACAACACUGAAUAAACCUGAAGAGAUUGCUAAUUUGGAGGUCAAAUAUGAAGAACUUGAAACUCAAAAACUUGAAAUUGAGACCCAGAAAGUAGAAAUUGAGAUCUUAAAGGAUGAACUUGAACAGCAAAACAUUGAGCUUGUGUCACAAAUAGCAGAUUUAAAGAAAGAAAUGAUGACGCUCAAAUCUGAGAAUAAUGAUGAUGCCUUUGUGUCACUUGAAGAAAGACUGGGCUCUAAAACUGAAGAAUUUGAUAAGCUUCAGGCUGAAUUUGAGGAGCUUCAAGCUCAUUUUAAAGAGUAUGAAAUUGUGCUUGAAGAGCAAAAAUCUAAACUUGAAAAUCAAAAGUCUGAAAUCAUAGAACUUCAGUCUUUGAGAGAAAAGACAAGUAAACUUGAAGAUUUUGAAGAAUUGAUUACAAGAAAUCAAGAGUUAGAACAGAAACUCAAACAAUUUGAAACUGAACUUCAUGAUCUGGAAGUUGAAAAAUUGAAGAUUGAAGAAGAGAAUUCCAAACUUAAGGAACAAACUUUGAAACCUGAAGAGUUAGAAAUAUUGACUGCUGAACUUAACACUGUUAAAGAAGAAUUGUCCAGAGUGAAUCAAAACUUGGAGGAUCAACAGAAUCAAUUCAACGAAGCAACUGUAAAGAUAUAUGAAGAAAGUGAAGAGCGAGAAAAUGGACUUCGUAAUGAACACUCGAUUGAGUUGACUCGCAUACGAUCUGAAUUUGAAGAGAAAAUUGCUGCAUUGACCAAUGAAAAUAAUGCUGCUAAUGCAAUUGACAUUGAGGAAGAUUAUAAACUCCAAAUUCAGGAAUUAAAACUUGAGCAAGAAGUCAUCUUACAAGAAUUACAAGCACGUCAGGAACGUCAACUUGAGGCUAAAGAAAACGAGUUGAAGGAGUUGAAGAAAACUAUAGAAGAUGCUGAGGCUGAACAUUUUGAGGAGAAAAAACAUAUAAUUGAAGCUAUAGAGCAUGCUCAGGAGUUAGAGAUUAAACUAGAAGAAAUGUCCAUGGAGCUUAAAAAUGAGAAACAAACCUCAGCUCAAGCCCUACAACAGCUUAAGCUACUCCAAGAGUCUAAAUCACUCAGUGACACAACCAAGACUCUACAGGAACAACUGGAGUCUCAGCAGCUUGGAAAUAGUGAAACGCAACGUAAACUUGGGGAGGAGCAAAUCAAGUUACAGAAACUACAGCUGCAAUUGGAAAAUCAGAAAAAAUACUACGAGACUGACAUCAAGGGACUGAAUGCCCAGAUUGCCAAAGUACAAGAAGUCUGUGAAGAGUUGGACAGUCAGCUUGAAGCAGAAAAAUCAGCACAUGAAAAGACAAUGACCCAACUGAAGUCCAAGUGCAAGCAGAUAGAAGAAGCCAGUGCCAAAUAUAGUGAAAGGCUGAAGCACAUGGAAACAUGUUGUGAAGAGUCCGACAAGGAAUUAGAAGAGGAGAGACUUGAACAUGAGAAGACAAAGAACCAGUUAAAGACCAAAGCAAAGCAGAUGGAAGAUUCCCAGGCCAAAUUUAGAGAAAGGCUAAAGCACAUGGAGGAUUGUUGUGAAGAAUCAGACAAGGAGCUGAAUGAGGAAAAGGCUCAAACAACAUCAUUGAGAAAAGAUCUUGAACAACUAGAGAUUAAAUUCCUGAGAAUCCAAGUGGAACAAAAAGGCCGCAACCCAUCAGGAGCAACAGAUGAGAACUUAAAGGCAAAAGUCAAUACAAUGGAGCAGGAAAUUGUAGAAAAGAAUCUGAAAAUUAAUCGACUGGAGACAAAGUUAAUAAAAGAAAGUUGGAAGGAGGAGCUCGCUGCCAAAGAGGAUGACAUCAGAUACUUAAGGGAGCAGGUCAAGACUGCCAACCUGAAAGUGAGACAGUUGAGGGAGCAGCUCACAAGACAGGAUGACUCCAUCAUGAGUGAAUCCAACCAGCCUAAGGUUGCGCCUAUUAAACAAGAGCCAGGAAGUGAUGGGCAUUAUGGUAGUGGUAGUGGUGCCGUGAGCAGCACUGUAAUCUACACACUGGAGGCAAAGAUUAUGCGCCUUGAACGAGACAAUAAAGCAUUGAAAAUCAAAUGUGAUACACUCCAGAAAGAAUAUUCAAAAUACAAGGAUGAUUAUGACAAGAAGAACAAAGAAAACACCAGACUGAAGUCAUAUAUAAAAACUAGUGCAGAUACCACAGGAAUGAACUGCAGUAGCACACAGACCACCCCUGCUCGUGCCAAGCCAACCAGUAAAGCUUUAGCAGCAACUCCUAGUAAGUUUGGCUUCCCUGCUCUUAGGACAAGCAACCAGAACAGUCCAUCUUAUUGGGAUCAGUUUAAUAACACACACAUUGAGACAAAUGAUGACUUUGAAGCUGGUAAAGAUGAGCAAUGUAAACAACAGUAAUGAUGGAUAAUCCACAUUGACAUGGUUUAAAGGCAAUGUUGGAAUACAUUGGACACGAGGAAGACAAUAUCCUACAUUAUGAUAUCCAGACCUGCAUCCUUGUCAAAAAUAUUAAAUAUUCAUCAAGUACAGCACAUUACACAGUAGAUUGUAAGAUUACACAGCAUACUGUGAUAUUACACAGCAGACUGUGAUAUUACACAGUAUAGUAGACUAUUAUUACAUUAACCAUGUUCAGACAACCCAACAAGUGAGUAACGAUACAAUUUGCAUAAUAUUGUUGCAGCGACAAAUAGAAAUCUAACAUGACUCUGUUAAAGCACACUACAACAAGUCUAAACUUACUUAGUUAACAAAUAAGAGACAAAAAAUGUGAGAUGUUAAUAACUUUAGAGUUGGUUCAGUUCAACAUCCAAAAAUAAAGGAGUUUGCAAUCGAACAGUAUGAAUAUUGCAAGAUUCGUAUGAAUAUACAUUUUAGAUGUAUGAAUGUUUGUUUUAAUUGUGUGAAUGUAUGUUGUAGAUGUGCGAUAUGUAUAAAGUAUGAGAGUUGAACUGUAGUU